AUGGCGUUCGGUAACGACCUGGAACGCAUCCUCUCUCGCCCAACCGCCAAGCCGUAUCGAAGCGCCAAGGUGACCGACCAGUCCGUCCAUCUCAACGCGCACGGCCACGUCGACUUCUCGCCCAACGACAUUGAGAAUCCCAAGAACUGGAGCACCGCACGCAGAUGGUACAUCACCAUUGUCUGUGUCUCCCUGGUCGUGAGCGCCACCUUUGCCUCAUCAAGCCCUUCAGGAUGCAUCGGCAGUAUCAGCCAAGAACUGAAUGUGUCCACCGAAGCGGCGAACCUCGUGACCACGCUGUUCCUCCUAGGCUACUGCUUUGGCCCCCUCUUCUGGGCUCCUCUGUCCGAGUUUUACGGGAGGAGAUACAUCUUCUACAGCACCUUCAUCGCCUACUUCGCCUUUAACUUUCUGUGCGCCUUCACACCCGACUUCGCAGGUACGUAUCGAUACGGGAGAGUAAACGCCAUCCCCAAACCCCGUCUUAUGGCUUCGACAUGGGAGAGCCUCCUAGCCGCCCGUUUUACUUCGCCAUGUUUGAGACCUCGACUAACCUUUCACCCUUCUGUACGAUAGGUCUUCUUGUUGGACGAUUCCUAACAGGGACAUUUGCAAGUGCUGCGUUGAGCAAUGCGCCUGGUACGAUUCUUCAAUCCUGUCAGACAGUGAGAUAGAUUGACCUGACCUCUCUCUACUUCCUAGGCGUGCUUGCAGAUCUCUGGGGGCCCAUCGAACGCGGCAAUGCAAUGGUGACCUUCUCCAUGAUGACAUUCGCUGGUCCCGCCCUGGGUCCUGUUGUCUCGGGUUUCCUCGAGCUCACCGAGAACUGGCGUUGGUCCUUCUACGUCUUACUCUGGCUGGCCGCUGCGACCAUGAUUCCCAUGUUCACGAUCCCCGAGACGUUGCCCUCCCAGGUCCUGACCAACAAGGCCAAGCGGAUCCGUGCAGCCAAGAUCCCUGGCUACGAGAAUGUCCAAUCCCCUGACGAGGCAUCGAACAAGACACUUGCGAGCAUCUUCAAAGUCGCGCUCACUCGACCGUGGAUCAUCCUAUUCGAUCCCAUCUCGUUCUUGGUCGCCAUCUACAUGAGCAUCGUCUACGCGUUGCUGUACAUGUGAGUUGUGGUACACUUGUUGGCCGCACAUGUGCUGACAUGCGCGCGACAGGUUGUUCACAAUAUAUCCCAUUGUCUUCCAGCAGCAUCGCGGGUGGAAUGCAGGUGUCGGCGCUCUACCGCUGAUAGGCACAAUGGUGGGAGCCUUUGUCGCCGGAGGUAUUGUCUUCUACGAGUCUACUCUAGGAAAGAAGAAGAUGUUGGCAGGUAUUGAAAGAUCACCCGAAGACCGUAUGCCUCUGGCCAUGAUCGGUGGCGUGCUAUUUCCAAUCACGAUGUUUUGGUGAGUUACAGAUUCGCGCAUGGGAUCUUGUCACAUUGUAGACAUCAGCUUACGUUCCUCUCUCGCUCUCAGGUUCGCGUGGUCUGCCAACUUCAAUUCAGUGAAUUGGUAUGUGGUGUGUGGGAGAGCAAUACCCACACAAGCGAUACUGACAUACAAGCAGGGCCGUUCCAACUAUCGCAGGUGUCUUUUUGGCCACAUCCAUCGUUCUGAUCUUCGUGUCCUACUUGAAUUGUACGUAUCGCGCAGAGGUCCUUCAGGGGGUGUGGACGAACGCUCACACCAUCAACAGACCUCACGGAUACUUACCUGAUGUACGCCGCGUCCGCUAUAGCCGGAAACACCGUCUGCCGCUCCGCUCUCGGUGCAGUGGCGCCACUCUGGACAGAACAGAUGUUCACCGCACUCGGUGUAGGUGGAGCAGGAAGCCUCAUCGCCGGCGUGGCAUGUCUCUUGGCGCCGAUCCCGUUCCUGUUCUAUCGACAUGGUAGAACCAUUCGAGAGAAAUCCAAGUUUGCCCCGACGAAGCCGGCAGAGCCGGCUGGUCAGACCGAACGGCCUUCCUCACCGCGCGCUGAAAGCAGUACUGACGAGGAAUUGGCGCUGGAUGAGCAGGGUGGCGUGAUGGAUCAGGAAAUCGAGAAGAAGAUGUCGAAGGAGAGUAGAGGGCGGGAAUCAGGACUCGAGAAUGGAGAUCCGUACCUUGACGCGAAUGGAUUGGAAAAGGCAGAGCGAUAG